CGGCGUUGGGUCCCACGGACGGGGCGGGGCGGCCCCUUGCGGGCUUAGGGCGCCGGACCAGCACUAACGCGCCGGCCAGCAAAUCUUUUGUCCCGGGCGGCGCUGAGCCAGCAGGGCUGCGGCCGGCUAUAUAGGGGCCGGCCGCGGGCGGGGCGGGCACACCAUGGCGCAGCGCUCGGGAAAGAUCAUCCUCUUUGAGGGCAAGCACUUCACCGGGAGGAAGCUGGAGGUCUACGGGGACUGUGACAACUUCCAGGACCGAGGCUUUAUGAACCGGGUGAACUCCAUCCGUGUGGAGAGCGGCGCCUGGGUCUGCUUUGAUCACCCCGACUUCCGAGGCCAGCAGUUUAUCCUGGAGCAUGGAGACUACCCCGACUUCCUCCGCUGGAAUGGUCACAAUGACCACAUGGGCUCCUGCCGCCCCAUAGGAAUGCACGGGGAGAACUUCCGCCUGGAAAUCUUCGAGGGCUGCAACUUCACCGGCCAGUGCCUGGAGUUCCAGGAAGACUGCCCCUUCCUGCAGAGUCAGGGCUGGUCCAAGAACUGCGUCAACGCCAUCAAGGUGUACGGGGACGGAGCGAUUCAUUUUGUCACAUCUGCCUUUCUCUGCCUCUUGGAAACCCCAUUUGCCCUAAGUUGAUGGUAUCCAGGGAUCUGAGGGAUCAAAUUCCAGAACAACAAUCUGCCUGGAAAACUGCUGGCCAAAUUGUGUCUCAGGAGGCCGAAGUCACGCCUUUGCAUGGAAGGUGUCCUGAGACUCUCGCUGCCACCCCUACACCCACCCUGGGGGACCCCCGGGGCCUCUUGAGAAAAAUGGUGGGAAGGUAGGAGCUAAGAGUUUCGACCACAGGGGCACAGGGUCUCCUGUAGGCCUCAAUUUACCCAAGAGGAGAUGGAGACUCAGCGGCUGCGUGUGGCCAACCCCACAUUUGGACCCAGGGCUCUGCUCUCCUCCCUACGGCGCACUCACCCUUGGCCUCCUGUGACUUUAACUAGUUAAGAAAAAGAAAGAAAAAAGUAAGGAGAAGCUGCUCAAAGGCGAUGGCCUGCAUCACGUGGUCUAGUUGUGACCUCCUUCAGGGCCUUUCCUGGGGUCUGAUGGGGGCCUCCAGGCAAGUCUUCCUACCGCCUCCCACAUACCGGGAGUUGCUUUGCGCGGGUUCCCGAGUCAGCCCAGGACUGACCCAUCCCCACAGACCCGUGUCCCGGAGGGCAUUUGGAGGGAAAUGUGCCACAUCACUCUCCUUACUUCCUGCCCCCCAAGGGCAUGGUCCCUGUGCUCCUGUGGAUGGGCCAUGCCCCCUCCUCCCUUCCUCCUCGUGCCCUGUCCUUGCCCAGAGUCACAGCCCGGGAGGAGAGGUUUACUGAGGAGGCCCAGCCCAUGGGUGUGGGGAGGUUGGGGGCCGGGGAGGGGGCAGUUCGGGCACAGUGGAAGUCAGGGCGCAGGGAGGCUGGGGGUGUGGGAAGGCUGGGAUAAACCAGGUCGGCCCUGAGCGACCCUGCAGCUCACACGCUGGGCCUCUCUCAGCAUUCCUGACCCCUGACCCUUGUGCAGACCACACCAGGUACCAGAUGCGGAGUCAGGAUGGAGAAGGGGGCCCAUGGUGACAGGAGAGGGGAGCGCUGGGGAAGCUGCCCUAAGCAGGCGACUCAGUGGGCUGUGUGGCCUUGGGCUGGAUGGGCUCAUAAUUUCAGAGUCUGUGUCUCAGCGGGGAGAAAGUUCCUUCGACAGCAGAGCGCUUUGGGGUGGGAGGGCCAGAACUGUUCGGGCGACAGUGGGGGUUCACUGCAAAGACAUAGUCAGAACACACCAUGGCGUGGGCCCGGAGGGACCCCAGCAGCCAGAUCCGGGCGUGUAGCCCCGCUUUGCUUCCCACGGUGAAAAAGCUGUUUUCUCUCCGUUCUGAGGGGAUAGGGAGCAUCAGAAGUGAGGAGAGAGGCCGGCCUGAGAAAAGGCGGUGGGACAAGUCAGGGGCAGCUGUGGGCCGCUCUCCCCCCACACCUCCACCCCCCAGCUCAGGCUCCAGACCCCAGCUGGGCCAGGAGAGGGGCGGCCUGGUGGGAGGUCUUCUCUCCGCGCUCAGCCGCCCGGGCUCACCUGGCCUCCCUCUGA